AUGGACCACGGCCCCAAAGAAGGGGACUCGGCCGGGGCAGCUGCCGGCGACGCCGCUCGAGGGGCUGCAGCCGCCGCCGCCGCCGCCUCCUCCUCUGGCGGCGUGGUGGUGCAAGUGCGGGAGAAGAAAGGACCCCUUCGCGCCGCCAUCCCUUACAUGCCCUUCCCGGUGGCCGUCAUCUGCUUGUUCCUCAACACCUUCGUGCCAGGGCUAGGUAAGCAGCCCCUGCUUGGGGCGCCUCAGCGGGGGGGGGGGGCGCGCUCUGGGCGGGAAAUGGGACGCGCCCAAGGCGUGGGAGGGUUCCUGUGGCUCGGGGAAAAUCCCUCUCCGGGCGGGCGGGCAUCUGGGCGAGCGCCAUGUGCCCAGGGGCUGCCCUUGAAGGCUGUCGGGGCGGCUGCUUGCCUCACAGCGCCUCGGGAGAGCGGAGCCUGGGAGCAGGCAACCGCCUUCGCGCCCUCGCGGCUACUUUUAUUGACGAGCAGCGGCCAAUUAAUUCCCCGCAACCUGCUGCUCUCGGUUACUUGGGAGAUGUGAAAGUGGGUCGCCGAUGUGAGAUCGCAAACAAGUUGUUCGAGCGGCGGGCAGAGGGAGACGCAAGUAAGCUGGCGGGAGGAAAAGUACUUAAUAUGGGCAAAUGAACCCACAUAGGGAUAGGUUGGCCUCCUCGGACAACGUUGCCUUUUCGCAGCUUGGGAUCGGGGACAGGGUGGGCUUCUUUCCCCCCUCUUAAACCUAAGAUGAACCCUGCUGGAUCAAACCCAAAAUCCAUCUAAGUCUAGCAUCCUGUUUUCCCAAAGUGACCCAGCCUUCUGGACGCCCACAAGCAGGCUCUGAGUGCAAUCUCAUUUUGUUGCUCUUUGCUCUGAGUGCAAUCUAAUUUUGUUGCUCUUUGCCACCUUUUACACGCACACUCACUCGCGCGAGUGUUACUUCGAGGUACAUUGUCUUUGGACACGGAAGCUUUCCUAUAGCCAUCCUGACUACUAGCCAUUGAUAGGGCUUGCUUUCCAUAUUAGGAAUAGGUCUUAAAAUUCUGUCCAAGGCAUCGAAACUGGUGGCCGUCGCUACAACUUGUGGCGCUGAAUUCCACAAGUUAAUGAUGCCAGCGCGUGUGAAGAAGUGCUUUCUUUUGUCUAGCCUGAAGCUGCCGCCGAUCGGUUUCUUCUUAUGCCUGCAGCCAUGGUAAUGAUCAUCAAUACAGUACAGUAUUGGUGUUUUGAGUGUGAAGCUCAGGGCUGCAGUCCGCAUUCCAGAAC